CUCACACACGGAAGAGACCACCAACUAAACUACUCAGACAAAUAUCUGUAUGAUCAUGUGUCAGCUGUGAUCUGUCUUUUUCUUUUUGGAUAUAAAUAGGUCAUCGUGCUAUUUUUCUGUUUAUUGAUCCUUCUUGUGGACUGGGUUCAUACAUCUGCAUAAGGCACUGAGGACUUAAUGAUGCCAUCAUCACCGCAGUGGACAGCAUACAGGGAAAUGGAGCCUGAUCAUGGAACACAUAAGAAAGGCACUUUGUGCCGAAAACUCACCAAAUAUGCUGUCAUCUUCCUCUUUCUGGCUGUGUUUGGACUCAUAUUCCUGCUGCACAACAUCAGCACUAUAGAGAACUGGAACUGUCACACUGUUUCAGCCCUCAACCAGCUCCAGAGCAGGAUCCAAUCAUCCUUCAUCCCAGUGAAUCUGCCCACUUUUAAUCACAACCACACCUUCUGUGCCCAUCUGGGCCAGAAACCCUCCCCUGAGGAUGAACUGGAAGAGCGCUACCUGUUGGACUCUAUUGCUUGGCCAGGGCCUCCGCCUCACUCUUCACCAGUCGUCUUGGACCAGUCGAGUGACCCUGUGCACAGCCUGUUCACCCUCCAUAUUAAGGAGGGAAGGGAGUGGCAUGUGGGCGACCAGCUGGAGGCCCUCGUCCAAAUGCACGACUUCCAGGGUCGUCCCAAGCUCUACGGCGGGGAUUUCCUCUUGGCCAGACUGCACUCCCCUGAUCUUGGAGCAGGUGUAGCAGGCAAGGUGCUGGACCACAGGAAUGGAUCUUAUUCUGCUCUGUUCCCGCUGCUCUGGGUGGGAUCAGCACAGGUGGAGGUUACACUAGUGCACUCAAGUGAGGCUGUUGCUGUUCUGCGACGGCUGAGGGAGGAACGGCCUGAUCGGGUGUUUGCCAACAGCUUGUUCCGCUCGGGUUCCCACUCUGAGACUACUGUGUGCAACAUGUGCCUGCCCCCUGAUCAGAAACUCCAGUGCAACUACACAGACCUUUCCACAGGUGAGCCCUGGUAUUGCUACAAGCCCAAGGUGCUCGGCUGUGACACCAGGAUCAACCACGCCAAAGGAGGCUAUGUGAAAAAUCUCCUCACCAGCAAAGAAGCACCACUCUUCCAGAGUGGUGUAAACAUAAAAGUUCACAUACACGCUUCAGGACCUGACAGAAUCAAUGUGCUGCCUCCCAGGAAAGAUAGAGCAGAGGUAGAAAGCAGUGUUAAACCAGAAGCUAUUCAGCACGCACCAUCUGGAUAUUACUACAAGGACUCAUGGAGGUCAUUAAAUGGUGUUACAAUGCGCCAGUUCAGUAAAUCAUCAGCCAUUAUUCAGUGUUUGGAAAACAAGGUGAUCAACAUGUAUGGAGACUCCACUGUCAGGCAGUGGUUUGAGCACCUGCUUGCUUUUGUACCAGAAUUAAAAGAGUUAAACCUGCACAGUCCUAAACACGUUGGACCUUUCAUGGCAGUGAACAGCAUCCAUAAUAUUCUCUUGAAGUACCGCUGCCAUGGCCCACCCAUCCAGUUUUCUACUGUCAUAGCCAGUGAGUUGCAGUACAUUUCAAAUGAGCUGGACCGCCUCUCUGGGGGUCCCAACACUGUUGUGGUUUUCACCAUUUGGGCCCAUUUCUGCCCCUUUCCUGUGGAGGUGUACAUACGGAGACUCCGUCACAUUAGGCGGGCAGUGUUGCGACUCCUGGACCGAGCGCCAGGGACAAUCAUUGUGAUUCGCUCAGCCAACCUCAGAGCCCUGGACCCAGAGGUGAGCCUCAAUUACAGCGACUGGUACUCACUGCAGCUCGAUGAGGUGCUCAGAGCCAUGUUCAAGGGGCUGAAUGUUCUGCUGGUGGACGCCUGGCAAAUGACUUUGGCACACCACUCUCCUCACAAUGUCCACCCACCUCCAGCCAUCAUCAAGAACAUGAUAGACAUGCUUCUGUCUUAUAUUUGUCCAGAGACAAAAAAGAGCCACCAGUAGAAGACCAGUGAAGAUACUAUUGUUGUACUGUGUGAAUCCGUCAAUCAAUUGUACAUACAUUUAUAAACAUUAACAGCAAUGUUUCUCUCCAGAAAUCAUGACCAUUACUCAAGAUCAUUCAAAAACCUUGUUGUGAGCAGUUGCAUGUGGGAGCUACUCUCUUUAUAUUGCACUACAGUGUAUCACAGCACAGAGGGAAAAGUGAAUCUACUCAUGGACGA